AUGGCGGAAGUUUGCAAUCAGUUUACCGGCGCCAUUCCACCAGAGAUUGGGCGCUUGACAGAGCUUCGAUACCUGAGCCUCUCCAUGAACCAGAUGGUUGGAGAAAUCCCAUAUCAGAUUGGCAAUAUGAAGAAGGUGCGCUUCUUGGAUUUGGGCUUCAAUUACUUUGAAACUCCUGACUGGUCUCUAUUUCCCACUUUCCCUUUCCUAACUCACCUUGAUCUUGGUAUCAAUGAACUCACCUUGGAAUUCCCACACUUCAUAACCACAUGUCUCAACCUUACUUUUCUUGACUUGUCUCAAAACGCCUUCACAGGCCAAAUUCCUGAAUCAUUGUUCACCAAUUUGGUCAAACUUGAAUAUCUUAACCUCACUAGAAAUGGUUUUCAAGGCCCCCUGCCACCAAAUAUCACUAACCUCUCCAAGUUGAAGGAUCUUCGCCUCGUCAGCAACUUUUUCUCUGGCAACAUUCUUGAUUCAGUAAGCCUUAUUCCAAGCCUGCAAAAUCUAGAGCUGUACAAUAAUUCAUUUGUAGGAAUAAUCCCUCCUUCUAUAGGCCUACUCACGAAUCUCCGAACUCUAGGCCUUCAAAUGAACAGAUUCAAUUCCUCCAUUCCUCGAGAGCUCGGCCUAUGUAACAAGCUGACCUACUUAGAUUUAUCCCAGAAUUCACUCUCGGGGCCAUUGCCGCCAUCCUUUUCAAAUCUGGGCAAUUUAUCUGAGUUGGGACUAUCUGCUAAUAGCCUGACUGGUGAAAUAUUGCCCCGUUUCAUCAUGAGUUGGAGAAAACUAAUCUCACUACAAAUUCAACACAAUGAAUUCAGCGGGGAACUUCCAUCAGAAACAGGCUUGCUCACAAACCUAGACUAUCUGUAUCUCUCUAAUAAUUCGUUUUCAGGCAGCAUCCCACCAGAGAUAGGAAAUCUACAAAAUUUGUUGGAGCUGGACCUUUCAACCAAUAACUUUUCAGGUGAGCUCCCAUUCUCCGUCUGCAAGUUGUCUAGGCUUAGAAUUCUUGUUCUCUCAAAUAAUACUUUGGAAGGAAGACUGCCACAGUGCUUUGGAAACUUGAGCAGAUCUUUGACCAUCUGUCAUCUAAAUGAAAAUCAAUUUAGUGGCCCCAUUCCAUCUACCUUUCUUAAGAAUUGUAGUCUUAUAUCCAUCAAUUUGGGUAAUAACAAAUUCCACGGACGAUUACCCAAAUCCUUAGUCAAUUGCCGAAAUCUAAGGGGUCUCGACAUUGGAAAUGAUAGUAUACAGGACGAAUUUCCCUUUUGGAUGGAACGCCUACGCGAGCUUCGAGUGCUAGUGCUGAGGUCAAACAAGUUUGGUGGUAACAUGUCGUUUCCUUCACGAACCAAGUUUCCGUUUCCUCGGUUGCAAGUUUUAGAUGUAUCCCAUAAUGAAUUUCUAGGCUCUCUACCUCAAAGAUAUUUCAACAAUUUCAAUGCAAUGAUUGAGCCGGUAGAAAAUGAAUAUGAUGAGUUUCUAAGGUACGUGGAGAUGAGGCUCAGCUUGAAAGGUCAGGAUCAGUUAAUUACGAGACUAUUGGAAACCUUCACAACAAUUGAUCUUUCCUCCAAUAGAUUCUCUGGGAGUAUUCCACCCUCCAUAGGAAAUCUUAAGAUUCUCAAAUACUUGAACCUAUCACACAAUAGCCUCACAGGACAUAUACCUUCAUCUCUUGGAAACUUGAGUGAUCUCGAAUCGUUGGAUCUGUCAACAAACAAAUUGGAUGGUAAAAUUCCAAGUGAAUUGACAAGGUUGACAUUUCUUGCGAAAUUUAACCUUUCAAUGAACAAUCUUGUUGGACAAAUACCACAAACAAAACAGUUUUCCACAUUCGAGAAUGAUUCAUACAUUGGAAACUUGGCAUUGUGUGGACUUCCAUUGACAAAAAAAUGCAAAGAGGAUGAUGGGCAGUCGAUGCAGCCUGCAGAAGAAGAUGAUGAUGAAUAUGAAUAUGAAUUCAUAGAUGGAUUUGGUUGGCGAUGUGUUGUAAUUGGAUACAGAAGUGGUUUCAUAGUUGGGUGA